AUGAGGCUGUCUUUUAACCUCAUUGUAACCCUUGGAGUGAUCUCGCUCCUAAAGGGCGCAUUCGCCGAGAAACAACAUGUGGAAGAAGCCGCAAAACGUCAACAUCUCAAGUCGAAGCCCCACAAGUAUGAAAUCUUUUUUAGACCCAAGCCAGAGAAGUCUCCCCUCGAGGCGGUCCUUCCACCAAAGGUGAAACCACUUGCCGGAGGGAAGCCUUUGCCAGCAAAGGAAGAGAAUACCAAGCCAAAGAAGAUCGAAAAGGAGGCCGGAACGAAAACCAACAACCGCACUGGCCCCCGAUCAAAAAUAGGAUUAUGGAACCCGAGAACUGGCGAAGGUUUGUUGCCUCCUCCUCCUACCGACGAUGAAGGGGACGACGACGCCCCGACUCUUCCAGAUUCAUUGGGACCGCCGUCGGACCAUGAAUCACCUGACGAACCCGAACCGGACAACGAAUUUGAAGACUCGGCUGAUAUGACGGGUGUGCCAGAAGAGACCUUCGUGCCGACCUUUUCUCCUACACCUGGAUUGGAUGUGCCGACUCUCUUUCCGUUGGGAACUCUUGCUCCGGUGGGGAGUGAUGCGUGUGAUGCUGCGGUUAUGAUUGACGUCGGUGACACACUGGUUGGCACCACAGAGGGAGCCCCAGAAGCCAACCUCCUUGACUGUGGAACACUUUUUGGAGGCUACAUUGCACCCGCGUUGUUCUACUCGUUCACCGGCACCGGAGAUGGCGUGACAAUCUCCUUCAGUGCGUCUUUUGAUAUCUUUAUGCAUGUGUACUCAGGUCAAGACUGUGAUUCUUUGACUUGCGUCACUGGUGGAGGAGGUACCUUCUAUGUUGAAAGUGAUGGGCUCACACAGUCGAGCAGAGGCUCCCUUACGUUUGCAUCGGAGGAAGAUGUCACCUAUUUCGUGGUGCCCCAUCAGUACUUUGACGAUGGCGGCGAAUUUGAAUUCACGGUUUCCAGUGGUGGUGAAUUGCCUCAAAAUGGCCAAUGUCCGGAUGCCAUUGAGAUCGAGAGCGGUGAAACAGUUGAGGGAACUACAAGCUUUGGCUUGAUUUCGUCGGAGGAUCCUUGUGACGUAUUUCCGUCUGCACCAGGUCUUUGGUAUUCUAUCCAAGGGACUGGCGAAACGGUUGCGCUCGCUGUAACUGCUGACUUUGACAGCCAGAUCUCUCUUUUCUCGAGCACCAGCUCCAGCUGCAACGAUUUGGACUGUGUUGCAUCCAAUGAUGAUCUAUUUCAGGAUCUCUUUGGCGUUGACGUCUUGAUUGACUCUGGCCUCGUUGAGACACUAGAGCUGGGAGAAGCGUAUUUCAUAUUGGUUGAUGGAUGGAGUACAAGUGCAGGAAACUUCUCCUUGAUCGUGCAAACAGUUACUGAGUUCGUGCCCGACAAUGAUGACUGCACCAAUGCAGAAUCACUAGAACUUGGUGAAACUGUUUCUAGUAGUCUUUUGCUUGCCACGCGGGUUCCUGACUUGCCUUACUGUGGACCGGGGACAAAUGCAUCAGUUCCAGGAGUGUUCUACACUGUGGAAGGCACAGGAAGCCUCAUGCGUGCGUCAUCAAACCAGCUUGCCAGUGUUUACACUGGUGAUUGUGACUCUUUGGUUUGUUAUCAAGAAAGUGGAGACUUUUCCUUCGCUCCAAUCACACUGUUUGACACCGACGUGGGUGAGCAAUACUUGAUUUAUGUUUAUGGACCAAGAGGAGACUUCAACAUCACAGUGGAGGAAUUGGAGGCUCCUUCCAAUGACUUUUGUGAGGAUGCUGCUACACUUGAAAUCAAUGGGCCUCGCGUUGCAGGUGACACGGCAGCUUCCACCAGUGAGGUUGGCCUGGAAGUUUGUGGAGGCUCAGGACUUGGGUCUGUUGGAGCCCUCUGGUACAGAUUUACUGGUAAUGGAGGGAAGCUUCGCCUUGGAGUGGAUGCAAACUUUGAUUCACAGCUUCUUUUGUAUUCUGGCAGCUGUGAAGGCUUGGGUUGCUUAGAUGGCAAUGAUGAUAGUGCUGUCCUAGGAUACCAAUCAUCUUUGGACAUUGACAGCGUUGCUGGUGAAGAAUACUUUGCCCUAGUCCAUGGUUACUUUUCCUCCUCUGGUUCUUUUGAAAUUGAGUUGAUUGAGCUUGAAACAGCAGACAAUGAUGAGUGUGAAGAUGCUGUUCUAUUGGAGAUUGAUGGGGAUCCAGUUUUGGGUGAUACAUCUUUGUCUACAAGCGAGACUGGUAGUGGUCUUGAAGUUUGUGGUGGUGCAGGACUUGGGUCUGUUGGAGGUCUCUGGUAUACGUUUGUUGGAAAUGGCGAGAGACUGCUUCUUGGUGUGAACGCAAGUUUCGACUCCCAGCUUUUGUUGUACACUGGCAGCUGCGAAGAUCUAGAGUGUCUGGAUGGAAAUGAUGACACGUCACUUCCAGGCCUUCAAUCUGCACUGGAAUUUGAUAGUGUCCAGGGAGAGAUCUAUCAAGUGCUUGUGCAUGGUUAUUUCAGCAGUGCCGGUGAAUUUGAGAUUUCCCUGACAGAGAUAGUGCCUCCUGACAAUGAUGAGUGUGAAGAUGCUCUUCAAUUAGAGAUUGACGGACCCCGCAUUUCUGGAGAUACAUCCAGAUCCAUUGCAGAGGAUUCUGACCUUGAAGUUUGUGGAGGUGCUGGGCUUGGGUCUGUGGGGGGGCUUUGGUAUACAUUUGAAGGCAAUGGCGAGAGGCUCAGGCUGGGAGUGGAUGCCUCAUAUGACUCUCAGCUUGUGCUGUAUACAGGCAGUUGUGCGGAUUUGGAAUGUUUGGCUGGAAACGAUGACACAUCAAUCCCUGGCUACAAUUCAGCUCUUGAAUUUGACAGUGUCAACGGACAAGUCUAUUUUGCCCUUGUGCAUGGCUACUUCUCAGCAGCUGGAUUCUUUGAACUUGAGCUGAUCCAGCUUGUUCCUCCUGACAAUGAUGAGUGUGAAGAUGCUGUUUCAUUGGAGAUAGGUGGCCCAGCUGUUGCUGGAGAUACUUCCAGCUCUAACAGUGAGGCUGAUACUGGUCUUGAAGCAUGUGGUGAUGGCCCAGGUUUGGGUUCUGGUGGUACCUGGUACACCUUCACAGGCAAUGGUCUCAGGCUGCUUCUUGGAGUUGUGGCUAGUUUUGAUUCACAGCUAGCACUAUAUUCAGGAUCGAGUUGCAACCAGCUCGAAUGCAUUGACAACAAUGAUGACACACCUGAUCCUACCUAUCAAUCUGCUCUUUUCUUUGAUUCAAUAGAAGGAGAAACAUACUAUGCCCUUGUCCAUGGGUACUUCUCUUCUACAGGAUCCUAUGAAAUAGAUCUUACACAGCUUACUCCUGAUGUCAUUGCUGACAACAAUGAGUGCGACCAGGCCGUUCCACUUGAAGUUGGUGAAGCUGUAGAGGGGGACACAUCCCAGUCAUUGGAGGAAACAGGCAUUCCCACUUGUGGAGAUGGAAACACCCUUGGAAACAGUGGCCUCUGGUACAGCUUUGAAGGAACAGGGGAUCGGUUGCUCGUUGGAGUCAGGACUAUUACAUCCUCUUAUGAUUCCCAGAUGCUGCUGUAUUCAGGGGACUGUGACAGACUUUUCUGCUUGGACUCAAACCAGAAUUCCUUUGUUGCUGACUAUGAUUCAGCUGUGAUUCUUGAUUCCGCUGUUGGAGUAACCUACUAUGUUUUAGUCCAUGGAGUGUUUACCAGCACAGGGGUAUUUGAAAUUGAAUUGACAGAACUUGAGGCUCUUGACAAUGAUGAUUGCGAUGGUGCUGCUCUCUUGGACAUCAACGGACCUCCUGUUCCAGGCAAUACUGCAGAUUCCUUGUCAGAGUUUGGAUUGGAAGCCUGUGGUUCAGGUCCAGGAUUGGGUUUUGGUGGUCUUUGGUAUACUUUCCAAGGUGAUGGAUCAAGACUUGUGCUAGGUGUGAAUGCCAGCUUUGACAGUCAGCUACUGCUCUAUUCUGGUGGCUGUGAUGAUUUGGAGUGCCUGGACAACAAUGACGAUAAUUUUGCAUAUGAUGAGUAUCAGAGUGCCUUAGAAUUCGAUUCUGAAGAGGGCCAAGUCUACUUUGCAUUGGUCCAUGGAUAUUUUAGUGCCGCUGGUUCUUUUGAGAUAGAACUUAGCCAGAUAAUGGCCCUGGACAAUGAUGAUUGCGAGGGAGCAACUGAGCUGUUGGUCAAUGGUCCACCUGUUGCAGGAAACACUGCCAACUCUGGAAGAGAAAUGUUGGCAGAGGUUUGUGGUGGGGUGUCCAGUCUUGGUGCAGGUGGCUUGUGGUUUACAUUUGAAGGUGAUGGGUCCACUCUCUUGCUAGGAGUUGAUGCAGAUUUUGACAGUCAGCUUCUGCUCUACAAUGGCAUCAGUUGUGACUUUCUAGCAUGUUUGGAUGGUUCAGAUGAUGCCUUUUUAUACCCCGAGUACCAGUCAGCCUUGGAAAUUGAUUCAAUCUCGGGUAUUACAUACUUCGCUCUUGUUAUGGGCUACAGCUCAAACACAGGAACAUUUGAGAUUGAAUUGACAAGUGCAUCAUCUCCGCCAGUAGAUGAUGACAUAGAUGAUGACAUUGCAGCCCCUCCUACUCCGUCCCCAAGUCUUGGAGCCUUCCCAUCCAACCAAGAUUGUGGUGACAGCAUUGCACUUGAGAUUGAUGGAACCCCAGUGGCUGGUGACACCACAGGGACAGGCAUGGAAUUUGGACUGGACAUUUGUGGAGCUGUUUCCCAGCUAGGAGCUGGAUCUGCUUGGUAUACUUUUGAAGGUGAUGGGUCUACUCUGUUGCUAGGAGUUGAUGCCGAGUUUGAUUCACAGCUUCUGCUGUAUACAGGCAGCUGUCUGCGGCUUCAAUGUGUUGAUGGUAAUGACGACAACUUCCUAUAUUCACAGUUCCAGUCAGCUCUGGAAUUUGAAAGUGUCAACGGAGAGACCUACUGGGCGCUUGUGGUUGGAUAUUCAAGCACAAGUGAAGGAGAGUUUGAAAUAGCAUUGGCUACAGUUUCCACAGUAGAUGAUGACAUUCCAGCAGUCACACCAGCUCCAGUGGGAGGAUGUGAUGAAGCUCAAUUGAUUGAAAUUGGUGAUGCACCAAUUGCGGGCGACACUACAGGAACUCCCAUGGAAUCUGGUCUUGAUACAUGUGGUGGUGUAGCCAGCCUAGGAGCGGGAUCAGCUUGGUACACUUUUGUGGGAGACGGGACCACGCUACUUGUAGGCGUGGAUGCACGCUUUGACUCGCAGUUACUAGUAUACUCUGGCAGCUGUCAGAGGUUGAUUUGCGAAGAUGGAAAUGAUGAUAAUUUCUCCUAUGCAGAGUUCCAAUCCGCCUUGGAACUAGAGUCCCAAUUGGGUGAACAGUAUUGGAUCCUUAUUCAUGGCUUUUCUUCUACCAGCGAAGGAGAAUUUGAGUUGGCUGUUUCACAGCUGAGUGUGCCUGAUGAUGACAUCCCACCACCACCCGCUCCCACUCAAGCAAUAGAUGACGACAUCACGCCAACACCAGUUCCAACUCUACCAGCUCUUGAUGAUGACCUUCUAGUCACAGCAGCUCCAACGCAAGGAGCCGACGAUGACUUUGUAGCCACAGCAGCUCCAGGAGGCGAUGGAUGUGAAGGAGCUAUCAUGGUGGAACUGGAUGGCACACCCACUCCUGGUGAUACAACAGGAACUGACAUGGAAGAUGGACUGGAAACGUGCGGAGGUGUAAGCAGACUGGGGGCUGGAUCCACUUGGUUCACAUUUGAGGGUGAUGGUUCUACUGUGUUGCUUGGCGUUGACGCUGAUUGGGACUCUCAGCUUUUGGUGUACUCUGGCAGCUGUGAUGAUCUGCUGUGUGUGGACGGGAAUGAUGAUAACUUCGCCUAUGAUUUCCAGUCAGCCCUCGAGCUGGAAACCACUCCUGGAACCACGUAUUUUUCGUUGGUCCAUGGCUUCUCAUCCUCGAGCUCCGGACCAUUCGAGUUUGUUGUAUCCCAGCUUGCACCACCUCCUGGCAACUUUACAAACUCCUCGGUACCAUCCGACAGUUGUGAUGCUGCACCAGAGAUUUCCAUUGACGGUCCAGCAGUAUCUGGUGACACAAGCGGCAUCCCGGUUGAUGAAGAACUGGAAAUCUGUGGUUCCGUUUCCAGCCUUGGCACUGAUGGCGGCGUUUGGGGAGGCACUUUUGUCGGCGAUGGUUCAACUCUGCUCAUUGGUGUGUCUGCUAGUUGGGACUCCCAGCUCUUGGUCUACUCUGGGAGCUGUGAUGAUUUGAUGUGCGAGGCAAGCAAUGAUGACAACUUCGCUUUCAGUCAAUACCAGAGCGCCAUCAACGAGUUUGAGACAGAACCGGGGGUGGAGUACUAUGUUUAUGUCACUGGCUUUCGAAGUGCAACUGGGGAAUUUGAACUGGAAGUUUCGCAGCUAUCCCCUCCGACAGGCGGAGCCACCACAGCCCCCACAAGUGAUGAUCCCAGCGAAAGCGCUUGCGAGCUUGCGACGCCACUGACUUUCGGUAACACUACUACGGGAACAACUGUGGGAGUUCCGUUUACUCGUACUGGCGUCUACUGCGACGGUUUUGGUCCCAGCCUUUACAACGCAUCCACUGUCGUUUACAGCAUUACUGGCAACGGCGGAGGAGUGGUGGUUGCUAUCAAUUCAACAAUCGAUUUCGUUGCGAGCAUUGUCUCCGGCCCGGACUGUGACAAUCGUACCUGCGUCACUGGGGGCCUACCCAACGUCGAAUUUGAUGAUGUUACGGGCGACUUUGAAUCCGCCAGCGGCACAUAUCAAUUUCAAGCCGACUUAGGAGAAAACUAUUUCAUCUCGAUCGGAGGAUUCCCAGGCGACGCUGGUGAAUUCGAGAUUACAGUGCAGGAUGGUUUCGACGUUCCAGCCAAUGCCCAGUGCGAAGAUGCCAUUGCUGUUGAAAGUAUGGAAAGUGUAAAUGGCACUACAGUGUUCGGAAGCUUCCUUCAAGACGACCCAUGUAUCAUGUUUCGGUCGAGCCCCGGAGUGUGGUACACGAUUGAAGGGAGGAAUAAGACAUUGCUCUUCGGUCUGACAGCUGACUUCGACACCCGCAUUUCUCUGUUUGCCGGUGAUGAUUGUGGCGCGUUGACGUGCAUGGCUUUCAAUGAUGAUCUCAACGAGGACCUGGGCUUGGGUUUCAUUGUCGAGUCUGGAGUGGUGGAGACCCUGCAGGAUGGAGUCACCUAUCAUAUUCUUGUCGACGGAUGGUCAGAUAGAAGAGGAAACUUCAACCUGUUUGUCGAACCCAUUGACCUCGUAGAUAACGACGUCUGCACGGGAGCACAAGCCAUCGAGAUUGCUACGGUGGUAUCAGGAAACAGCAUUGCUGCAUCAAGAGAUGAAGGUCUGCCAUUCUGCGGAAGCGGAUCGAAUGAGUCUGAUAUCGGAGUCUUCUACACGCUCGAGGGCACGGGAUCUCUGAUGCAGGUUUCCUUCGCAGACUCCGUUGCUCAUCCAGUUAGUGUGUACUCUGGGGACUGUGAUGACCUGGCAUGCGUUGCGUCCAGUGAUCGCAGCUUUGGCUCUUCCGCCGCUCUGUUCCAAUCUGAACUGGGUGAGUCGUACCUUCUCUAUGUUCACGGCGACAGCGGUUUUUCCUUCAACUUGACUGUGGAAGAAACCGAACGGCCCGCAAAUGACGCCUGCGAGAAUGCAACCAUUCUAUUCAUCGAUGGAGCUCCCAUCGCUGGUGACACUUCUACCUCGAUUGCAGAGGACGGCUUGGAACUCUGCGGAGAAAGCUUUAGCAUUGGUCAACUUGGUGGUGUUUGGUACAGCUUUGUCGGGAACGGAGCAAGCCUUCUUCUGGGUGCGAACGCAUCCUUCGAUGUUCAGUUGUUGCUGUAUACUGGAAGUUGUGAUGACUUGACGUGCCUGGACGGAAACGAUGACGAUUUCAGAUACAGCGCUCUUGGUUACAAUUCUGUGUUGGAAAUAGAAUCCAUACUGGGAGAAACGUAUCUCGUGCUUGUUCACGGCUUCGGCUUCAGCGCUGGUGCAUUUGAAAUCCAGUUGAGGGAAAUUGUUCCACCUGAAAACGACUGCCGCAAUGCAAUCACCUUGGAAGUGGGCGACGUCGUGGAAGGAACCACUCUUUUUGUGGAUGAAGAAGAGCAAGUUCCCGACUAUGACUGUGGGUUGUCGUAUUCUCGAAACACGACAACGCCGGGAGUCUGGUAUUCCGUGGUAGGCAACGGCGGCAGCAUGUCUGCCGAGUUGAUAGCACCCUUUUUCGCAAGCCAAAUCACAGUGUUUCAGGGAGACGACUGCGAUACCCUGGCAUGCGUUGAUGGCGACACUCGCUUUGGCGGUGGCAUGGUUCUUUGGGAUAGCAUCGAGGGUCAGAACUACUACGUGUAUGUUUUCGGAGACACUGGAGGUGAAUUCGGUGACUUUGAGCUGUCCGUCAAUGAUGCGACCCGGCCACCCAACGAUGACUGCGACGAAGCUAUUGGACUUGAUAUUGGCGACAUGGUGACUGGGUCUACCAAGUACUCCGAGUUUAGCGACUUUGAAGACUGUGGAGUUGGUUUCAACUUUACGGAACGCCAGUUGUGGUACACGGUUUCGGGUUCCUCGCUUCCCACCGGUAUGAUUGAGAAGUACUCCAAGCAGGGAGGAUCCUUCAGUUUCUUUGCCAACAUGACCAUGUUCAGCACUGAUCAUGCCGUCUUUGUCUAUGCGGGUGAGAGCUGUGACAUUCUCACGUGUGUGGGCAACUCCAGUUCUUUUACGACCUUUGGUUCGAACGACCCCGGAGCGUAUGUUGAAUGGCCGGCAGACCCUACCAAGGAAUACUUCUUGGCCGUGAUCGAUCUGAACAGCUUUUCCAUUGCUGGCCUGGACUUUGCACUUGAACUGGGCGCCUUUGGUGUUCUGUAGUGUCCGUCCGUGGCACCGAUCCGCCUCCACAGUCUCAUCCUGCCUCUUGGACAUUCUGCCUUAUUCCCUUCUUCCAUCCAGACAGAUGGCUUCCUAUUUUGUUGCAUACUCUUUCCCAACGACCAAAUCCGAGCGAUGCACAAGACUGUUCCUAUCCAGUCCGCCCCCUCCGCUAUGACAGCUAUAUUUCCAACCCUCGCUCUGUCUUCCAUGUCAACCUUCCCACGAUCCCACUCACUUUUAGAAACAAGAAGCAAAACGAAAGACUGAGCUUCUUCGGCCAGCAAUGCUCACGGCAAGGAAAGAAUGUCUGAGCUUCAUUCGUUGCCUUCCGUAGAAAAUGCAUAAUUCGUGUAUGUAACACAACAUACUGUAAAUGAACCAAAAUCUGCCUGUGUGCAAUGUUUCUUCUUCUCUAGAAAACCAUCGGGACGACGCUGAUCUUGGGCGCUUGCUUCAGAUGUAUCUUGGCCGUGAGGAGUCUCGUGCGUGAACUCCUCAGGAUCUUUGAUCAAGAAAGAUGCCAUAGAGAACUCGAAGAGUACCGUAUCACCGAAACAACUCUAACUAGCUAGCUAGCAGGGUAGUUCACAUGGCUAGCUAGCUAGCUAGUAGAUGGACGGAUAAGAUUGAAUUCGUUCAUGGAGGGACGGAGAUCGCCGUCGUGCUCUCAUCGCGACGAGGGCGAUUGUAAAAUAAACAUAUUGUUUUCGAUUUGUGA